AGCAGAUCAAUUAUCCUCUUUGAUAACCGAUCAAACUCUCUACUCAUUAAUCAAUUUCUAUCACAUUAUCAUCCAUAUUCAAUCAAUCAAUAAAUAAAAUCUUGUUAAUAAUUUUUAAAUAUCCCAACAAAUAUUAAUAAAAACCACAGAAUCCGCCCAGAAAUACCAGCAGAGAACACGCAGAGCAUGGAAGGAAAUAGCUGGAUUUCUAACAACACGACGCUAAAAAGCUCCACCUUCUUCGAAUUACCUAUACUACCCUUCUCCUUCCCUCCAAAAUCCUCCAUUCUUUCCCCUCCAAUUUCUUGAAAUACAUCAAAUUUUUUUUAUCCUUUUGGCUUGAGACAGCAACCAUGGAAAUAACGAAUGUGAAAUCUGUUGAUCAGGCGGUGGAGGAAAUUAUGAGGAUUCAUAGAUCUUUACCGACAAGACCAGGGAUCGAGGAAGUAGAAGCAGCAAAGACAUUGAUUCGGAAUGUCGAGAAGGAAGAGCAAGCGAGAAUGGAAGCGAUUUCGAAGCAGACAAAGACCCCAGAUGUUCCUCAAGAGUUGUUCAUGAUCCUGCAAGAAAUGCAAAAACAGUUGAGCUUUUUUCAAACCAAAGAACAAAAGUUGGAGGCUGUAAAAUUGCUUGAUCUUGAAAAUGUUCAUAACCUGUUCGAUGAAUUCAUUCAAAGAGCUUCCAAAUGCCUCUCUUGGCCUCCUCCUUCUACUUCUUCUUCUCCUACUUCUGUUUCUGGGUUUGGUUCUUCUUCCAAUUAUGCUAAUGGGGGCAGUAGUUCGUUUAAGGGGAGCGCUGCUGCUGCUGCUGCGGCGGGUUCUUCUUCGAUUGAUAGAUCAUCUAUGGCUACCACGUCCGGAUUGUAUUAUGCAGAGAAAGAGCCGACGAGGAGUGCUGAAUUGUUUACCAGAGAUGAUAGUUAUGUGAAGAAGGCGAAAUCUUCGUUAUAUUCUGAUGGGAUUGGUAUUUCUUCUACGCCGCAGAUUGUGGAUUCUACUUUAAAAGCUAGUUCAAUCAGUUCAAGUCAAGAUGGGGAGAAGUUGAGUCUAAUUAAGCUUGCGAGUUUGAUUGAAGUGUCUUCGAAAAAAGGAACUCAAGAGCUUAAUCUACAAAAUAAGUUGAUGGAUCAAGUUGAUUGGCUACCGGAUUCGAUAGGCAAGCUAUCGAGUUUGGUUACACUGGACUUGUCUGAGAACAGGAUUGUGGCGUUGCCAGAAACUAUUGGAGGUCUUUCAUCAUUGACGAAGUUGGAUUUGCAUUCCAAUAGAAUUGGCGAACUCCCAGGAUCUAUUGGGGAUCUUCUUAGUUUGGUUGCUCUGGAUGUGAGGGGUAACCAGUUAUCCUUUCUGCCUGCCACAUUUGGCAGAUUGGCACGACUUCAGGAUCUUGAUCUGAGCUCAAAUAGGCUCUCUUCACUCCCUGAUACAAUAGGAUCACUUGUUAGUCUGAAGAAAUUAAAUGUGGAGACAAAUGAUAUUGAAGAAAUCCCACAUACUAUCGGAAAGUGUUCCUCACUAAAGGAGCUUCGUGCAGACUAUAACAGGCUCAAGGCACUCCCCGAAGCUGUUGGAAAGAUAGAGACUUUGGAGGUUCUAUCUGUUCGGUACAAUAACAUCAAACAGUUGCCUACAACAAUGUCAUCUCUAUUAAGCUUGAAGGAGCUCGAUGUAAGUUUCAACGAGCUUGAGUCAGUGCCUGAGAGCUUGUGUUUUGCUACCUCGCUUGUCAAGAUGAAUAUAGGAAAUAAUUUUGCUGAUAUGCAAUCCUUACCAAGGUCUAUUGGGAACCUUGAGAAUCUUGAAGAGCUGGAUAUUAGCAAUAACCAGAUACACGCCCUUCCAGACUCUUUUAGGAUGCUAACACGACUACGUAUCUUACGUGCAGAAGAAAAUCCUUUGGAAGUACCACCAAGACAUAUAGCUGAAAAGGGUGCUCAGGCUGCUGUUCAAUACAUGGUUGAACUUGUUGAAAAGCGGGAUGUCAAAGUACAACCUGUAAAGCAGAAAAAGAGUUGGGCUCAAAUUUGCUUCUUUUCAAAGUCUAACAAAAGGAAGCGCAAUGGCCUAGACUAUGUGAAAGCCUGAAUCAAAACAAUUGUAACAUGAAAAACAACACGAUCUUUAUGUCGGAGGUUUUAGCAGUUUGGAAAGCAGAAAUGGCAGUGCAACAAAUCCACACAUCAAACAGGGGACUCAGUUCAUAAAACGGUUCUCACUCUUGAUCAUCAAAUUGGAGAUUUUCAUUAUUGUUUUGUUUUUAUAGUUGGCUCUUUUCAUUUUAUUCCAUCUGUAUCUGUUGUCCUUGAACCGUAAUGAGGUGUACAAUUCAGCCGGCAGAUAGGAGGGCGAGGAAAAUACUAUGCUGUGUAUUCUUAAUUCUACGAAGAAGUUUAACCUUACCUCUACCACAUGUAAUAGAAUAUGUUUCUCUAUUUUAGAUUCAAUAGAAUUUAAAAUUUCUUUUGUCUAA